GCUUUUCAGGAUGCAGGAUAUACACCGUCGCCUGGUCUUUGCCCAGUGGAUUGGAUGCUGCGCAGGUGUACUGCUUUCCUGGCAGGACAUCGAGUAGCUGGCUGGUGGUUCUGUGAUGAUCUGGAUCACUCUGCAGCAGAGGAGGUCCACCGUCUCCAUCGAAAACUUCAUCCAUGUUCAUCCACUGGAUGUCAGGCAGCGGAGAUCCCUGAACCAGACACAGGGCUUUGAGACGUUUGUCUACCAUGGUUCCUACAGACAAGCUCAAGAUCCGAGGUGGAGCUGAACGUAUGUGAGAAGAUAAAGAAAACAAAAUAUGAUGGAGAGGAACAUGUCGCACACGGUUGUAACCACCAGCACAACCAGAACCACCACCAGCAGCAGCUCAGAUGGAGGAUUCCUGAACCUGGGUUACUGUCGCUCUUACUCUGGAUUACUGAAGCUGGCACAAGUGGUCGCCCUCCUGAUUGCUUUUCUAUGUGUGCACUGCGCUCCCGGAUGGACGGACUACUCUGCGUUCCGUUAUUUCGAGGUGGUGACGCUGUGGUUCCUCUUCGCCUUCCUCAUCUUCUUCAUCUUGUACGUGCUGCGCCUGCAGACCAAGAUCCCCUGCAUCAACUGGACCCUGACCGAGUUCCUGCACUAUGUGAUCGGCACCAUCUUGGUCUUUAUCGCCUCCAUCGUAGCCGCCGUGAAGAGCGGCGGCUUCUCGGCUCUCGUAGCUGGAUCCGUUUUUGGCUUCAUCGCGACGUUUCUUCUUGCCAUCAGCUUGUGGACGUCGUACAAGGUCACGUGCGGCUCGCAGCCCACCAGUGUAGCCGUGUAACCCGACACCAUCCGGCGCCAUGUGAAGGAAUUUUACAGUCAGUCAUUGAACCACGUGCCUGAUAUUCCAGCUCAGUCCUGAUACCUACAGUAUUUAUGUUCUGGAACAUUAAAGCAAAACUCCACCGCUUUAUUUUACUAUUUUAUUCCUGCCAAUUUAGUCAUACCCAGUUCCUCUUUCUCUGUUGGAGACCCCGAUGGUGUACGAGGAAGCUAUAUUCUCUUGACACGCCCUCCCUCCGACGUGUGCGUGCCCCCUUCUUAUCCUCCUGUACUUCGGUGGAUCGGCGCAUGAGGUCGGUCUCACGCACGGAGAGUCACACGCUAAUCUCCACGUUCCUCCACUUCUGUACCAGGGUCCUUACACAGCGUCAAAGGACCCGCCCACUUUUUAGUCCCGUCUUUUCCCACCCAGCAGACUAGUGGCUGAUUUUGGCCGCUGCAUUGUCUGCACUGCUGAUUGAGCCUGCUAGGGGGCGCCCAGCUGACUGGUUUCAUUUACCAUGGACAGUCGAUUCAUUUCGUUACCGUGUACUGAGACUGAUGGCUCACACACACACACACACAUAUGCGCACACUCACACACGCACACACACACUCACACACGUUACCGUUUCACAGCUGGUUAAACUACAAGCUGAACAAACACGUUUUAUUGUCUGAUUUAAUCAUUAAUCGAUGAUGCUGUCUGUCAGAGCUGGAAGGACUUUUGCUGUUACCUAGCAACCAGAUUAUCAAAGAUAAGAUCAAAGAUUAUUUGAACACAGAUCAUUCACUCAUUCAUUUACUCAUUCACUCAUUCACAAGUAUGGUAGCCCACUAUCAUCCAGUCAGAUAAUAAUUGGCUGUGUUUGAGGGAGGGAUGGUCUAUAGGGAGGUGGUUUAUUCACUCACUCACUCAUUCACUCACUCAUUCACUCACUCACUCACCCACACACUCACUUACACACACACUCACUCACUCACUCACUCAUUCACUCACACACACUCACACACAUACACACACACACACACACACUUACACACUCACUCACUCAUUCACUCACUCAUUCACUCACACACACACACUCACACACACACUCACUCACUCAUUCACUCACUCAUUCACUCACUCAUUCACGCACACACACUCACUCACUUACACACACACACACACACACACACUUACACACUCACUCACUCACUCAUUCACGCACACACACUCACUCACUUACACACACACACACACACACACACACUUACACACUCACUCACUCACUCAUUCACUCACACACACUCACUCACUCACUCAUUCACUCACUCAUUCAUUCACGCACAAACACUCACUCACACACACACACACUUACACACUCACACACUCACUCACUCACUUACUUACACACUCACACACACACACACACACACUCACUCACUUACACACACACACACACUCACUCACUUACUUACACACUCACACACACACACUCACUCACUUACACACACACACACUCACUCACUCACUUACACACUCACACACUCACUCACUCACUUACAGUUUUGCUUUAAUCCGUCCAGGCAGGAGGUGAUGGUGCAGCUUCUGCCUGAAGAUUCGAAGCAUGCGGUUUAAAUCAAUGUUGUGAUUGGAUCAUAUUCAGUAUUUGAGUGUACGUGGUGCAGAUUAAUGACGGACUGAUGGACGAGGGUUUGAAUACUGUGUGUUUAUAUGAAGGAGCUUCUAUACCAAAAAUUCCUCACGUUUAUUUAUUUCUGAGCUUCUGUUUUAUUGUACACCUGCAGUCUGUAAGCGCUGAAGAUUCUGAAGGUUCACAGUGUUGGUGUUGCAGCAGCUUGUCACUGUAUGGUUGAUGAUUGGAACUUCCAGUGUGAGAGGAAGUGAAGUGCAGCUGUGUGUUUUCUCUGUACUGUACUGAUCAGUGCCUGUACACCACAGUACGCUGUACGGCUAAAAGUACGUAGACGUCCCUCCUGACGACUGAGUUCUGGUGUUUUCAGCCAUACCGCUUGCUAAAAAGGUGUAGAACAUGCGUACAACUAUGUGGCAACAGUUUGGGGAAGGUCCUUAUCAGUUUCAGUGUGCCACUGUACGCAGAGCGAGGUCCCUAUUGAACAGGUUUGGGAUGAAUUGGAACAUCAGGUGUAAGCCAGACCUUCUUGACCCUGACCAUACACAUGCUCCUUUGGCUGAAUUGGCACAAAUCUCCACAGAGACGAUCCAAAAUAUUGUGAAGAACCUUCCCAUAGUAACGGAGGCUUCUGUCCACAUUCAUGUCCAUGCUUGACGAAUGUCCAAGAAGCUCAGUCUGGGUGUCCACAUACUUAUGGCCAUUCAUUUUGUGUGCUAUUAUGUUAUAUUUUAUUAUGAAUGUAUCUCUGACACUUUUAUCUUUGGUAAAUAUGAGUUAAAAACACGCACUGGGGUCAGUUAUUUUUUAGGAAAGUAUUUUAUUAACAACGUUAAUAAAAUAAAAUUUUCCUGUAUGUAAAA